AUGGCGGGGUACAAGGCAGAUGACGAGUACGAUUACCUUUUCAAGCUGGUUCUGAUCGGCGAUUCCGGCGUGGGGAAGUCCAACCUCCUAUCGCGCUUUACGCGGAACGAGUUCAAUUUGGAGUCCAAGUCCACCAUAGGGGUUGAAUUCGCCACCAAGAGUUUGACUAUCGAUGCCAAGGUCAUUAAGGCUCAGAUUUGGGACACUGCUGGCCAGGAAAGGUACCGUGCCAUUACUAGUGCUUACUACCGAGGAGCUGUUGGUGCCUUACUUGUCUAUGAUGUCACACGCCGUGCCACAUUUGAGAAUGCUGCGAGAUGGUUGAAAGAGCUGAGAGAUCACACAGACCCCAACAUUGUGGUCAUGCUUAUUGGAAAUAAGUCGGAUCUUCGACACCUUGUUGCUGUUCCAACAGAAGAUGGGAAAUCUUUUGCAGAGAAGGAAUCUCUCUACUUCAUGGAGACUUCUGCUUUAGAAGCAACCAAUGUUGAAAAUGCAUUUACAGAGGUUCUUUCUCAGAUUUAUCGCAUAGUGAGCAAGAGAGCAGUUGAGGCCGGCGACAAUGGCAGUUCUUCUACUGUCCCAUCUAAAGGACAGACUAUAAACGUUAAAGAUGAUUCCUCAGUUUUGAAGAAAAUUGGAUGCUGCUCAAACUAG